GCGUACUGCAGUUCUCUCUACAAAAUAAAAAGUUUAUAAAAUUAAUAAGUUUUUCUGUUAAUUGGUUUAUAAAUUAUGAAUAAGUUAAGUGGGACAAUGAAGGCUGAAGAACGUAUUGAAAACAGCACAAAUGAGCUCACUAAGAAAACUUCUAAUGAGCAAAAAUUAGAUCUUUCCAUAAUCAUAAAGCAUCUUCUUUUCGUAAGUUUUAUGGAAGUUUUUCUUAUGCUCGUUGUGUACUGGAUGAAAUCAGAUGACGAAGAAGCUUAUUCUAUGUAUGGUCUAAUACUGGGUUUUUCUAUGUCUGUUACUUUCUCGGCAAUACCAUAUUCUCCUUGUGCCGGUCUAGAAGACUGGAAAUAUCGACGUAAAUAUUUCUCACUACUUGGCAUGAGAGAAAUACUCAUGAUUGCCUUGUCAUUGUUAAGUCUGUACAUGUUCUUCUACAUCGACGAUGAGGACAUUAUAAGGGCAUGUGAAUGGGAAUGCCCAUUACGACAGUUAAUAUAUUGUGCAACAUUUAGUUUAGUUUUUAUAUCUGCCGGCUUCGACGUGCUAUUUUGGGUGUUUUCUAAAUUCAAAAUAAUCAAGAAAUUAAUAAUAUUUUUAAUGUCUAUCAUUCCUGAUAACUCUCCGAUAUGCCCGCAAUGUCAAAAUAAGAUUUCAACUUCUUCGAUUAAAGUCCAAUAAAUGGAAAGCAAGUCUAUUUAGAUUUGAUUGACUUUUUUUGAAUUGAAUCCCGAGUAAGUAAUACAAUUAAGUCUCCACCAAAAUAAAAACCCAGUGUAUUCCAUGCUCAAAAUGAAAUAAAACUCUUGAUAAUCUGCUCAAAAUUGCUUUGAAUCUUACCUUGCUGAAUUGAGUCACUACCAAGCUUUAUGACCCGACUCCAGCGAAGCAAACAAAAAGUUAUGAAUUUGCCCGGUAUGUAUGUAUGUUCCUCUGUUUCCUCAUAACUUCUAAAUUACUUAUUAUAAUUUGACAAAUAAGGUAUCGUCGGAAGCGCCAUCUUGGUGGUCCGCUGGUUAUAACCUAUGUGAAGUCACAUCAAUUUAAAUAUGGUUCGCUCUAGAAUACAUAAAACCAUGAAAUGAAAUAAAAAGUUGUUUUUGUAAUGAUGCUGGGUGGGUACCAAAGAUAAGAGUUAUUUAGCACAUUUCAAAAAUAUAUAUAUUGUUAGCUGUUACUCGCGGCUUUGCUUGUAUGCGCCUGAUAAUUGGCAAUAAUUUCUAAAGUCACGCCUCAGAUAUGAACCAAACAUAUUUUCUCUCUAAACCUACCCAAAAUUAUUUGUAUACUAGAAUUAUCAUAAAAUUAUAAGUCGAAAAUAAUUUAAAUAAAGAUUAAGUUCAAAAACUAAAACCCAACUACUAACGAUAUAAAAAGUAUGCAACAAGAAAAUAUUCUCAACUAAAAUUAUUAUAUACAAUAACUAUUCAAUAUUUUUCAUCUAUUAUAUAAACACACAUAAUAUAUUUCAAUGUAUUUAAUACUUUAUAAUGAUAUUCAGAGGAUAGUCGUGGUCAUAUAUUACCUACCCUAACAAAACAAUACAUUCUUACAGUAGUAGGCAAUUAUAAGUUUCAGGGUAAAGUGGCAUAUGACCACGGCUAUCACUAUGAAUAUGUAUUAAAUAAAUUAAAAUAUAUUACAAGUGUUUAUAUAAUAGACGAAAAAUUUUAGACUGUGACUUUCUAGUAGUCAGGUUUUACUUUUUGAACUUACUUUUUUUUUCACCCAGAGCUUGUAAAAGUUGUAAAUUACUCGAUAUUAUGAUAAUAAACUAAUCAUCACUUGGCCCUGAUUAAAAAUACUGAUUGAAAAGAAUUCGAAUUUCAUCAUUUUUAAUUCUUUUCAAUCAAUAUUUUCAAACAGGGGGACGAUACGAUGUAAAUAUAAUAAAGCCUGAAACUCAUGUAAAAUAAUAAAACAACAAAAUUAUAGAAUAAUAAAGUAUC